AUGCUCCGCCUAUCUGUCCGUCCCCUCACAACCGCCAACCGCGCUCUCACCCGCUCCUUCUCUGCUCUUGCUCCCAGAAUGGGUGAAGGCGAUACCGGUGCUCCUCGCGCUGGCGGUGUUCAGAGCGGGGAUUCCUUCACACGCCGGGAAGCUGCACAGGAAAGCUUGUACAUCCAUGAGAAGGAGAAGGAAAAGCUCGCAGCUCUCAAGAGAAAGCUCCAGGAGCAACAAGAGCAUCUCGAUGAGCUUGGUAGGCAUAUUGAUGAGCUCACCCGGAACCAGGGCGGCGAAAAGAACUAA